CCACUGUGCAGUUAGACCCAAGCACAGCGCUGUUCCCCAACUCCCUUUCCCUCUAAUUCACCAGUUUCCAAGGGAAAUCCUUUAAAAUAUAUGUAAUUUUAUUUAAUUUUAGCUGCCAAUCAACAUCGUCAAGAUGACCAGGAUUUUGACCGCUUGCAAAGUAGUGAAGAGCCUGAAGGACGGGUUUGGCUUGGGCAAUGUUACUGCUAAGCAUCCCUGGAAAUUCUCAAGAACGGGCAUCAGGUUACUGAGCGUCAAGGCACAGACAGCUCACAUCGUGCUGGAAGAUGGAACCCGGAUGAAAGGCUACUCCUUUGGCCAUCCGUCCUCGAUCGCUGGAGAAGUUGUGUUCAAUACUGGCCUUGCUGGAUACCCUGAAGCUCUGACAGACCCUGCAUACAGGGGGCAGAUUCUCACCAUGGCCAAUCCCAUUGUGGGCAAUGGUGGGGUUCCGGACACUGCUGCCCGGGAUGAAAUGGGUCUGAGCAAGUAUUUUGAAUCAGAUGGUGUCAAGGUGGCAGGUCUGCUGGUGCUAAAUUACAGCAAUGAGUACAACCACUGGCUGGCCACCAAGAGUCUAGGACAGUGGCUCCAAGAGGAAAAGGUCCCUGCACUGUAUGGGAUCGACACCAGAAAAUUGACCAAAACUAUUCGGGAAAAGGGCACCAUGCUGGGAAAGAUUGAAUUUGAAGGUCAGCCUGUGGAGUUUGUGGAUCCAAAUAAGCAGAACUUGAUUGCUGAAAUUUCAACCAAGGAGGUCAAGGUGUUUGGCAAAGGAAAUCCCAUCAGAGUGGUUGCUGUGGACUGUGGAAUCAAGCAGAAUGUAAUCCGUUUGCUUGUGAAGCGAGGAGCUGAAGUGCAUUUAGUCCCUUGGAACCACGAUUUCACCAAGAUGGAGUAUGAUGGACUUUUAAUUGCUGGUGGCCCCGGGAACCCAGCUCUUGCACAGCCACUAAUUCAGAAUGUCAAGAAGGUGAUAGAGGAAGACCGUAAGGAGCCAUUGUUUGGGAUCAGCACCGGAAGUUUGAUAACAGGACUAGCUGCUGGUGCCAAAACCUACAAGAUGCCCAUGGCUAACAGAGGGCAGAAUCAGCCGGUUAUGAACAUCACAAAUAGGCAAGCCUUCAUCACUGCCCAGAACCAUGGUUAUGCUCUGGAUCACAGCACCCUUCCGGCCGGAUGGAAGCCCCUUUUUGUGAAUGUCAAUGAUCAAACGAAUGAGGGGUUCAUGCAUGAAAGCAAACCCAUCUUCACCUCCCAGUUCCAUCCAGAGGUCAGCCCUGGCCCAACCGACACUGAGUACUUGUUUGAUUCCUUCAUUUCACUGAUAAAGAAGGGGAAAGGCGCUACCGUUACUUCAGUUCUACCCAAGCCUGCAUUGACAGCAUCCAGGAUCGAGGUUUCCAAAGUUCUGAUCCUUGGGUCGGGAGGCCUGUCCAUUGGUCAGGCAGGAGAAUUUGACUACUCCGGAUCUCAAGCUGUCAAAGCCAUGAAGGAGGAAAAUGUGAAAACUGUUCUGAUGAACCCUAACAUCGCUUCAGUGCAGACCAAUGAGGUGGGCUUAAAGCAGGCUGAUACCGUCUACUUCCUUCCCAUAACUCCGCAGUUUGUCACCGAGGUCAUCAAAGCGGAGCGCCCGGAUGGGCUAAUUCUCGGCAUGGGGGGCCAGACUGCUUUGAACUGUGGAGUGGAGCUGUUCAAACGAGGUGUGCUACAGGAAUAUGGUGUGAAGGUCCUGGGCACUUCGGUGGAAUGUAUCAUGGCCACAGAGGACAGACAGCUGUUCUCAGACAAGCUGAAUGAGAUCAAUGAGAAAAUUGCCCCCAGCUUCGCUGUGGAAACGAUGGAUGAUGCUCUGAAGGCCGCAGAUAAGAUUGGCUAUCCAGUCAUGAUUCGCUCCGCCUAUGCCCUAGGAGGCUUAGGAUCAGGGAUCUGCCCCAACAAGGAAAGCCUCAUAGACCUGGGCACUAAGGCCUUUGCCAUGACCAACCAGAUUCUGGUGGAGAAGUCUGUGACGGGCUGGAAGGAGAUUGAGUUUGAGAUUGUGAGAGAUUCAGCGGAUAACUGUGUCACCGUAUGUAACAUGGAGAACGUUGAUGCCAUGGGGGUCCACACAGGGGAUUCGGUUGUCGUGGCUCCUGCUCAGACCCUUGGCAAUGCGGAGUUUCAGUUGCUCAGGCAGAGGUCCAUCAAUGUGGUCCGUCAUUUGGGCAUCGUUGGAGAAUGUAACAUCCAGUUUGCCCUGCAUCCCACCUCAAUGGAAUACUGCAUCAUUGAAGUGAAUGCCAGACUGUCUCGGAGUUCAGCCUUGGCUUCCAAAGCUACUGGGUACCCACUGGCGUUCAUUGCUGCAAAGAUUGCCUUAGGAAUCCCAUUACCUGAAAUUAAGAAUGUGGUGUCUGGAAAGACUUCAGCCUGCUUUGAACCCAGUCUGGACUAUAUGGUGACCAAAAUUCCACGCUGGGAUCUUGACCGUUUCCAUGGUACUUCGAGCAGAAUUGGCAGCUCCAUGAAGAGUGUGGGAGAGGUUAUGGCGAUUGGACGUACCUUUGAGGAGAGCUUCCAGAAGGCGCUGAGAAUGUGCCACCCCUCGGUGGACGGCUUCACAACCCGCCUGCCGAUGAACAAAGACUGGGCAUCCAACCUGGACCUCAAAAAGGAACUUUCUGACCCAUCCAGCACCCGCAUCUAUGCUAUUGCCAAGGCCUUGAAUGACAACAUGCCCCUGGAUGAGAUCGUCAAGCUCACAGCUAUCGACAAAUGGUUCCUAUUCAAGAUGCGUGACAUCCUGAACAUGGAAAGUCACCUGAAGACCCUCAACAGUGAGUCCAUCCCAGAGGAAACCCUGAAGAAAGCAAAGGAGAUUGGGUUCUCGGAUAAACAGAUUGCAAAAUGCCUUGGUUUGACAGAGGCCCAAACCCGGGAGCUGAGGCUGAAGAAGAAUGUUCACCCUUGGGUCAAACAGAUUGACACCUUAGCAGCUGAGUACCCAUCUGUAACCAACUACCUCUACGUCACUUACAACGGUCAGGAGCAUGAUAUAAAUUUUGAUGACCACGGAAUGAUGGUACUGGGCUGUGGACCAUACCAUAUAGGCAGCAGUGUGGAGUUCGAUUGGUGUGCUGUCUCCAGCAUCCGCACACUGCGCCAACUGGGCAAGAAGACCGUGGUGGUGAACUGCAAUCCAGAGACCGUGAGCACUGACUUUGACGAGUGUGACAAACUCUACUUUGAGGAGCUGUCACUGGAGAGGAUCCUGGACAUCUAUCACCAGGAGGCUUGCAGUGGCUGCAUCAUUUCUGUUGGAGGGCAGAUUCCAAACAACCUGGCAGUGCCGCUUUACAAGAACAGUGUGAAUAUCAUGGGCACUAGCCCACUCCAGAUUGACCGUGCCGAGGACCGCUCCAUCUUCUCGGCUGUUUUAGAUGAACUGAAAAUUGAACAAGCUCCCUGGAAGGCUGUUAACACUUUGAAAGAAGCUCUUGAAUUUGCCAAGUCUGUGGGCUACCCUUGCCUACUGAGACCGUCCUACGUCUUGAGUGGAUCAGCCAUGAAUGUGGUGUUCUCUGAAGAGGAGAUGAAGAAGUUCCUGGCAGAAGCCACCCGUGUUUCCCAGGAACACCCAGUGGUGCUGACUAAGUUCAUUGAGGGCGCCCGGGAGGUGGAGAUGGAUGCUGUUGGCAAAGAAGGACGAGUCAUCUCCCACGCCAUCUCUGAGCAUGUUGAAGAUGCAGGUGUCCAUUCUGGAGAUGCCACCCUGAUGUUACCAACCCAAACCAUCAGCCAAGGAGCCCUGGAAAAGGUGAAAAUUGCCACCAGAAAAAUUGCCAAGGCCUUUGCUAUAUCUGGGCCAUUCAACGUCCAGUUCCUUGUCAGAGGAAAUGAAGUCUUGGUGAUUGAAUGCAACCUGCGGGCAUCUCGAUCCUUCCCCUUCGUCUCCAAGACCCUUGGGGUGGACUUCAUUGAUGUGGCUACUAAAGUCAUGAUUGGAGAGAAUAUCUCUGAGUCAUCCCUGCCCACACUGGAUCACCCCAUCAUUCCCUCUGAUUACGUUGCAAUUAAGGCUCCAAUGUUCUCCUGGCCCCGCCUGAGAGAUGCCGACCCAAUUCUGCGCUGUGAGAUGGCUUCCACCGGAGAGGUGGCCUGCUUUGGCGAAAGCAUUCAUACCGCCUUCCUGAAAGCCAUGCUUUCCACUGGAUUUAAGAUACCACAGAAAGGAAUUCUGAUUGGAAUCCAGCAAUCAUUCCGGCCCAGAUUCCUUGGUGUAGCCGAGCAGCUUCACAAUGAGGGUUUCAAGCUCUACGCCACAGAAGCUACUUCAGACUGGCUGAAUGCAAACAAUGUUCCUGCAACCCCUGUGGCUUGGCCAUCCCAGGAGGGACAGAAUCCCAGCCUCUCUCCCAUCAGAAAGUUGAUAAAGGAAGGGAACAUUGACAUGGUGAUUAAUCUCCCCAACAACAACACUAGGUUUAUCCAUGACAACUAUGUGAUUCGUCGGACAGCUGUUGACAGUGGAAUUGCUCUGCUCACCAACUUCCAGGUUACAAAACUCUUUGCAGAAGCCAUACAGAAAUCUCGCACGGUGGACUCCAAGAGUCUCUUCCACUACAGACAGUACAGUGCUGGCAAGGCUGCAUAAAAAAAGAUGGAGGCCUAAGCCUGAAGAGCCACUAUCUAUCCCAAGAAGAAAGCUCCCAACCUCACUUCCCAAACAGAGGGCUCAAGCUAACGUGAUUAUUGUUCAGUGUGCUUGUUCGUGUCUUUCGAUAGCGACUUGUAAGAAGCAGGAGGUGGAGCGAUCUUGCAAGAGCGCUUUCUGUUUUAUCCCCAGUCUCUCCACUGAGUACAACCGUUUUCUUUCCAAGAAGUGAUCCAGGUAAACUCCCUUUAAGGGAAAGGAGGAAAGAAUUUCUUCUCUUUCUGCAGCUAAUAUUCAUUCCAUGGUGAGCCAGGACCAUUGGUGCUAGAGGGCAGAUGGGAAAUGCUACCCCCUGGUAGCUGCCUCAUUUUUUCUUAAGUUCCCCUCAAGCAGUUUUGUCACCAAAUAGCCUCUCCCACCUCCUUCAAACUGGAGUGUGCUCCCAAACCCUAUAGCUUGUCCUAGCGGCUUCACCUCUGCUCUGCCCCACUGUUUCUGCAUUCCAGGAAUUGGUGGUUUUCUGCAUGAGUGAUCAGUCUCCACCUGCCUGGUUCAACCAGUGAUUGCCCAAGCCCCUUCCAUAGCACUGAAUCGAAUGUGUGUGUGAUAGGAGACCUUAUCUUCAGAUGGCUCUAAUGGACCCAGAUCUCCAGCUCCUUUGGGCCAGCAUACACUAGAAAUAGGGCAGUGGGUUUUUCAUUCACCAUGUGAAAAGCAUUCUUCAUCAGUGGACAAAAUUAGGGGUUUUCCCACUCCAGAUUCCCUGUAAUGUUCUGUUCAGACCCUGUAGAUCUUGUGUUCAGUUCAUCCGUUGAAUCCCUUGCUGCCUUAUCAAUUUGGCCCCACUUAUUGUUCCUUGCUUUCUCUGUCUAAUCCACAACCUGGAAGAGAGGCUUUUAAACUUUUUGUAUUAUGAAAAGAGCCUUGAUUGUGAACAUUGAAAUAAAAUGCUUCUUUGAGAAGAUUAACUAUUUUGGCAUUUCUAA